UCGCGCGCGCCGCUCCCAUGCGGCGGGUGCGCGUACGACACAUUUUAACAUGAUCUAUGAAAAAGCAAAAGCCGAGCGCUGUGACAGCGAACUGGAUGGACGGGAGGAUAAAGAUGGAAACAGCAGGGUCUUUCGGAGCUGGAAGGGCUGCUAGUGUUUUGAACAAAAUCGCCUUUAUUAAACAGCCUCAGACUAUCCUUAGAAUACUGUCGUGGAUCUUCUCCAUGGCGGUCUUUUGCUCCAUUGUGAACGAAGGCUACGUGAACAAUGGGAGCGAGCGGCUGCGGUGCGUCUUCAAUAGGAACAACGACGCCUGCAACUACGGCAUCGUGGUCGGCGUCGGCGCCUUCCUGGCCAGCAUCGGCUUUUUUGCUCUGGACAUCUAUUUCCCACAGAUCAGCAGCGUGAGCGACAGGAAGAAGGCGGUGCUGUUGGACAUUGCCUUCUCAGGUCUCUGGACGUUCCUGUGGUUUGUCGGCUUCUGCUUCCUGGCCAAUCAGUGGCAGCGGACUUCGCAGAAAGAAUUGCUGCUGGGCCAGGGCAAGGUCGCUGCCCGGGCCGCAGUGGCCUUCUCCUUCUUCUCCAUCAUCACCUGGGCCGGGCUGACUGCCAGGGCGGUGCAACGCUACCUGAUGGGCACAGACAUGAGCCUCUUCACCACGGAGCACAUGGAGGAGAAGCCCGUCAGCCAGCCAUACCCGACGCCCGAGGCCACGGUGGAAACCACAGACAUCUACAACACUGCCCCGUUCUCAUCUAACCCGGACGCUGCCCCAAAGGACUUCCAGGUGCCCACUUACUAGGAGUGACCCCCCCCCCCCCCCCCGAGGCUGCCAUUCUCACCUGCAAACAUCUACAGUCAGGAUGAGCUAAAGUACACAAUUUUUUUUUGUAUUUUAGUCACAAUGAAGGUCAUUAGAAUAUGUCGUCUUUGUUUUUGAAGCCCCGCCAAUCCCUUAGUGCAACCAUCCAAUGAAAUCUGUUUGUUCUCCAAGCCCCUCAGCAUCCCCCGCUGCUGCGCGUACCUUUACUCCUAAUGUGCAUGCAUUCAGCUCCCAACCCUUUGAUUUACUGAUUUACUAGGGACAAUAGAAAGUGUGCAGAUUUACGAUACUGUGCAUCCGUAGCACCGGUGCUGCAAACACAGCCGACUCCCAGAAGACCAACAAACAGUUCAGAGACCAUUCCAACCUGGAUGCCCCCCUUAUAUAACACUAAGCACCGCCCACAUGGCUGAGGUAAACCAAUAGAAUGCAAGAUGGGUAAAACUGUCCAUUUUGCUACAUGUUCAGGGGGCCGCAUGACGACCGUCUUGUCCGCACAGAUAGUCAUGUGAACCUAAAGUGACAACUAGAGCCACGUAAAAAACAAGCAAGGUUGUGCCCGUACAACUAAAGCAGAUGCACGUAACACCUGCCAUAACCAGCCAACAUGACAAAGAGAGCAGGCGUUUAUUCAUACGGCUUCCAACAUGCCCCAUUUGCCGGUCCUUUACCAGAGAAAAACUGCCUCUUUUAGCCACCAUUCAGGCGUUCAUGAAGCUGUUUACGUCAGGAGACUGUUUAAUGAGACUCCAGAGACGAAAGGUAGCAUCAGUCAUCGCGUCCUGGAAACGUUUAGCGUAUGGUGUUUUCUGUCAUAUUCAAUAGAUCUCAUAAAUUUAACACAAUAAUGUAAUGACAAGCGAUUAAAGCAGUUAUUCUACAUAUAUCUUUGGAACGAUAUGAAACCAGUUUUGUGCAUUAAAGGUAAAUACUUGGGAAGUGUCAAUCCAUAUGAUUUGUGAUUAAGUGCAAUAUUUAUAGGAUCUGUAAUGCAUUCUAUCAAAAAAAAAAGCUAAAAAUAUAGAUGUAUUUAUGCAAAGUUGUCAAGCUCUGUGAUGUUUCAGAGUCGUAGAAGUGCAAGUUUAUUAUGUACACAGCGUUCCAGAAGAUGGAUUCCAUCCAGGUGUCCAGGAUGGAGACACUGACAGGUCUCGAGCGGGAGAGAAAAGAGGGAAAACGAGCCUGAUUUUCACGAUACUGCUCUUCCUGUCAUCCCACACAUAAGCUCACACUGGACACUGGCUACCCGGCUGUCUGUCCAACCAGCUUGUCUUCUUUGGAAUCCCAGGGGUCUGGAGCCUAUAUUCUGGAAAUAAUGGGCACAAAGCAGGGAAUAACCCAGGACAGGGUGCCAGCCUGUCUCAGGGCACACACCAUUCACACAUGCGCUCACACCUACAGACAAAUUGGUAACUCCAGUUCACCUAACACAGUGGUGUACUGGUUAGUCCUGUUGUCUCCCAAGUCUCUGUGCCUGUGCUGGUUCCAUGUGUAUGGAGUUUGGAUGUUCUCUCUGUGUCAUUGUGGGAUUUCCUCUGGUUCCCCCCCCCCCCCUCAAAUUGUCCAUAGGUGUGCGUGUUUGAGUGAAUGGCGUGUGUGAGUGUGGCCUGCAGUGGGUUGGUGCCCCAUCCUGGGUUGUUCCCUGCCUUGUGCCCAUCCGGACCCCCGGCAACCCUGAAUGGUACAACCGGUUACAGAAAAUAGAUUGAUGUUUUGUGCCUGUGGGGGGGGGGGGAAGCUAAGUACCGAGGGGAAACCCCACGACGACACAGGGAGAGCAUAUACACUCCAUCACAGCCCCCACUAGGCUGCUGAUACUUAAAAAUCAAUUUACUCAUUUACUUGACCAUAUUUGUAAUUCAGAAAUGCCAAAAAGUGUGAAACGAUGUCGGUGCCGUUAGCCUUGCAGUGUAAGUGGAUGGCGGUCAUACACAGAGCGGCGUCGGAACACCCACUGACCCCAGCAAAUCAGGACAAAUGGUUCGGUUUUCUGUUUAUUUGCCCGCCACCCCCUCGUUUAAGGAAGGGAGUGCAGCAGAAAUUACAGGAAAACAUCAGCUUGAAAGCGAAGUCCCUCCCAGUUCUGAAGAAGGCAGCGGCAGCAGGGAAUAUUUUCGUUUUCUUCUGAGAGAUGGUGCAGGAAGCCUGACGUCAUAGUUAAAUGUUCGAAUUAGCCAUUGUAGCAAAUUUUGUACUCCAUUAAAAUACUGCCUUAUGCUUCUGGUAA